UCUGGUCUUCAUCGUGACGUAUUUGUGCUCACUGCGUUGUUUUCAAAAUGCUAUCUAAUGUUUAUAUUACUAUGAAUGCAGUGGCGGCCUGGGUCAGAAGGCGAGAAGACGGCUGUUUUGGGUCUAUUGAGCUCGUUAAAUUCACUAUUGCCACAUAAACUAACCGAUGAGAGUUGAAUUUUAUGUAAUUAAUGGACCAAAUCGUAUAUCUGUGUGGACCGAUUUUUAAUUCACCCCAGUUCGCCUCUGUAUGAACGUUGAACGAAAAGUGAAAACCUCUUCGAGUCUCGUCGGUUCUUACUUCACUCAACUCAGAACAACCGAACCGCGUCGAGCCAUCUACAACGUCCUAAAGACUUAAAUCAUCUUUUACAUAACACCAUUGACUAGACGUAGGUUGUUUUUAAUUUUACAUCUAUGAUAUAAAGCUAAUAGUUAUUUCAAACCCCCCAACGUACAUGAUGGAGUCUACUUCGAAGACGAACACAGCGGAAUCGUGCGCAAUUGUCCGAGCCGCCACAGAUAAGUUUUUUGGAGUCUUGCGUCAAGCACGGGAUUUAGAAAGACAGGGCAAGUCCAAUUUGGCUCUAUUGGAAUAUGAAAAAUGCUUGAUUCUCAUUGACGAUGCUCUGUUGGUGCCCUUACCACGUCCAGCCGAACCAAAUUCUGAAUGGAUAGCUGUCGAAAACAUUCUUCAAUAUUUGCGAACGGAAAAGAAAGAGAUUUUAAACAAAGUUAUGGAAUUACAAAGAGCUAGCGGUUCUGCUAUGGUCGUAGAAAGACCAAUAGAAAGCCCUCCGUCGUAUCAGGAAACAAUUCGGUCUGACGAAGAGCGUUCGUUAGCCUCUGAUCUUCAACAGGACAUUGACGUACCCGAACCGCCAGUGUCGUAUAGUCAGCUGACAUCAAUGUUGACUGACUUGCAAACGGACAUUGAACAUCAAUCUAUGGCUACUGUAAUUUUUAGCUGCAAUGAAUCUCAAGUAUUUUUUAUCCCUGCUAAUGGACAGGUUACAUCGCCAUCAGAAAAAUCUAUCAUAAAAAUUUUUAUGAUUGAAGGUGAAAAAAACACAGAACCACGUUGCUUUCUUUGCAUAGAAGAUAUAUACUAUCCUCUUGUCGCCAAUGUUUCGCCGUGUCUGCGCACCGAUUAUGGUGCAUUUGUUUUUCCUGAUCUCCAAACUACCGAUACUUCUAUAGGCGUGUUAGUUCCACCAGAGCAUUUAGAAUUGUUCACUGAAGUAUUGGAAGAUAUUCUAAAAAAAUCAUUUAGAACAAAUGAUUCAGCUCGGGAACAAGGUCGUAAAAUUUCAGCACAUAUCAUUAAGGGAGCAAUGUAUAUUUCGAGUGGCUUAGUAAAAGGUGCUGAAAAAACCACAGAUUUCAUCAACAAUUCUACUCCUGGCCUAUUGAACUACCUCCCACCAUCUCAGAAUGAAAGACGUGUUAACCACAAAAUAGAACGUGGAGUUAGAGUGGCUAAAAAUGUGACCUCCAAAGCUGCUAAUGUUACCUGUUUUGUCGCCGAUAAGGUAGGAUUAGCUUCAUGUGCGCUCGGCAAAUUUUUGGCUCCACAUGUCCACAAAGGUGGCACGAAAAUAUUAACCGGUGUCUCUGGGAUGAAUUCAGAUGUGGCGUCAAGACAAAUGUCCAAUGCUCUAGACAUCGCAGCUGGUGCUAUUGAAGGGUUGGGAAUUGUUUAUGAUGGAUUAGAACAAUCUGGAAUCAUGUUGGGCACAAGCAUUAGAGAUAAUACGGUCCUAAUUGUUCGCCACAAGUAUGGUAAUAAUGUAGGUGGUGUAACUGAAGAGACAUUAGACACAGUAGGACAUGGUUUACGGUUUACGAGAAAUAUCGGAGAUUUGAGACCAACAAAUAUAAUCAGAAACACUGUGAAGCAGACCGGACACACUUUUAUUGUUCCUGAAAACGAUUGAACUAUAAAAAGUCUUAAAAUAUAUUAUAACAAAAUUAUAAGUUAAAUAUUAUAAUAAUAUAUUUUUAACAAACUUUGUUUUCUCUCAUGUUACUUGGUUUUGUAAUUUUUGUCUUAUGUUUUAGCUCUUGUUAUAUUUUUUUUGGUUAUUGUUGUUCUUUUUUUAUGAUUGAUAUGAUGGCAAAAUAUUUUUUGUUUCCAGUUAUAUAUUAUAUAUUUUUGUUGUACGAUUUAAUAAAUCGUAUCUAAAUAUUUCUAUACUAUAGUCUAGUGGUGUCAAGUUAUAUACAGAUUUGUAUACUUGUUUUAUUAUUUUACAAAAUAUGUUCAGUAUUAAAUACUUCAAUAUUAUAAUUAUAUUCAUACAAAUUACAAUGUUACAUAUUUUAUAGUUAAAAUAAAAUGAGGUUUAUUGGCUGUAGAAUUCGUGAAUAAUCAAAAUUAUUGUUAACGUGUUUUGUUGAUGAAAAUUGAAUUCAUGUGUAGUUUAUAAAUUAUAUAUUUUUGUUAUACAAUUUUUUAUUAUGUUAGACUCUAUUUCUAUACUAUAGUCUAAUGGUGUCAGGUUAUGUACAUAUUUUUUAUACUCGUUUUAAUAUUUUACAAAAUAUGUUAAGUAUUAAAUAUUUCAAUAUUAUAAUUAUAUUCAUAAAAAUUUCAAUGUUACAUAUUUUUAUAGUUAAAAUAAAAUGAGGUUUAUUGGCUGUGGAAUUGGUGUAUAAUCAAAAUUAUUGUUAACGUGUUUGUUGAUAUAAUCAUGUGUAUUUUGCACUUUAGUAUUGGGUUAAUUGUGAAGGUGUUCUAUAAUAGUUUAAACAUUUUAGUAUUAGCAUAACUUUAUGAGUUUCUAGGUCAAAAAAUAAAUUUAUAUUUUAUAACAAUAAUUAAAUUUAGUAAAAAUAAUUGAAUAUCAUAUUCAUUUUUUAACACACAUCAAUUAUCU